AUGGAACCCAAAGAAACUGAUAAUAUAAUAAAAGAUGAGGACAAUGUGAAAAAGGAAGAACCUAUAUUAUCUAUUGAAAAAUAUUUAUUAAAAGAGUUUGGUGAUGGGAAAACGAAUAAGAAGGAUGUUAUGAGAAAAUUGAGAAAGCGAAUAUAUAAUAAUAAAAAUUCAGAAGAGAUACACAAAAAAUUGAAAGAAAUUCAUGGGAAUAGUGGUAUAUGUACACGUCAAUGGAAAGAGGGUAGUUUUGCUUUUAAAUGUUAUAAUUGUGAAGGGGAUCCAACAUGUGCUAUUUGUGCAAAAUGUUUUUUUGCAUCUAACCAUAAGAAUCAUAUAUAUAAGUUAACACAUACAAGUGGAGGUUGUUGUGAUUGUGGAGAUACGUCUUGGAAUAUUAAUGGAUCAUGUUAUGAUCAUAGAGGAAUAAAUGAAGAUUGUUUGAUUGAUAAUUGUAUAUUAAAUGUUGAUAUAAAAAACCGUGUAAGAGAAGAUUUAGAAUGUUUGAUAGGAACAUUAUUUAGGGAUAUAGUAUUAAAAGAUGGAUAUUUCAUAUCAUUAGUAAGUGCUGAUUAUAUAGAGCACGCAUUUGAUUUUUUUAAAGAUUUAGGUAUUACAAGUUAUUUAUUUCGACAAGUAAUAUGUGAAGUAUUUACAGGUGCAAAAACAGAUUUUUUAGUAAAUUUCCAUUAUUGUUUUUAUGUAGGUGUGCAGAAGGCAUUAUAUUCAUUAUAUUUAUCUUUAUUUGUUCAUCCAUAUUUUAAACAGAGGUUUGCUUUUAAGCUAGCUAAACAUUAUAAAUCGAUUGUUCGUGUUGGUGAUGAUCGUAUAUAUAAUGAUAAUCAUUUGAAUGGUUUAAGUGUUCAGGUAUUGACUGUUCCAGAAAUAGCAUAUACUUUAGUUAUAAAUAAUUUCUUGAAUGAUUUAUUAAAAUUAAUAGAAAAUUUAUGUGUAUUUAAUAAUGUAACAAAAUGUGUUAUGCAUAAAAAUUUCUUAAGAUCUGAUAUUGAAAUUAUUAUUCGUAUAUGUGUUGAUUUGAGAUAUUUGCUUUAUCAUCAUGAAAUUAUAAAAAUUGUAUUAUUUAAUAAAUAUGUUAUAAGAAAAAUAUUAAAAAUAUUAUCUCUCUUACAUAGAAUGAAUUCACAAGUUCGAUAUACAAAAUCACAUAUUAUAUAUGAAGACUUAUCUAGCUCUUAUUCAAUAACGAUUGAAAAUUAUUUGUUACGUGUAUUUGAACCCUUAGCUAAUUUUUGUAAGAGAGAAGCUAAUGCAAAUUUUAGAAAUUUAUUUUUAUUGUAUCAGCUAACUAUUAGAGGUAUACAGAAAUUGGAUUUGUUCCCAUUUAAUAGAAAUAAAAAGGGUAGAUACAAUUCUUAUAUGAAUUCUAAAGGAUUAAAGGGAAUGAAAAUUUCAAAAAAGAGGAAUAAUAAAGACGAUAAUACAACUGAUGAUAUGACAGGUGAGAGUGAUAAUAGUAGUACAAAUAACUUUUGUCGUUAUGAUACUAGUAAUUAUAAUAAUAAGACUUUUGUAUGUAAAUGUAGUAUGCAAGGUGUAAGGAGUAUGAAUGGAGAUGUUAAUAAUUCAGGAGGGGUAUCUUUAAAUGUUGACAAUAAUGAUGAUGAUAAUAAUAAUAAUAAUGAUGAUAAUAAUAAUAAUAAUAAUGAUGAUAAUAAUAAUAAUAAUAAUGAUGAUAAUAAUAAUAAUAAUAAUAAUAAUAAUUGUGAUGAUAAUAAUAAUAAUAAUUGUGAGACUAAAGCUCAGUUUCAAAGACAAAAGGGGAAAAGAUUGAAACAUCUAAGAUCUUUACACUCCCCAUUAAUUCGAUUUUUUAUGAUGAUUUUAAAUUUUGAUGUUAUUAAAAAAUGCCUAGAUGACGUAUACUGGUAUAAAUAUUUAUAUUUAAGAAGGGUUUAUGAGAAAAAAAGGAAAAAUGAAAAAAAAAAUAAAAAUAAAAAUAAAAAUAAACGGAGUUAUAUAUAUAAAAAUAAUGAAGAUGAGAAUGAUAAUAAAAAUGAAGUGUCUGAUAGAAGUAUUGGAAAUAAUGAUGAUGAUAAUAAUAAAAGAUAUAAUAAAAUAUCCAAUAAUAAUGUUAAUAUUAAUAAUGAUGAAUAUAUAAUAAAUGAAUUUAUUAGGGAUUUUUAUUCUAUAGAAAAGCAUUCAGAUGAAAUAAUAAAUCAAAGAAAAAUAUUACAAGAAAGAUAUGAAAAUGAUGGAAAUAAUAUGAAAAUAGCACUUUUUCAUUUUAAGAAGUUUUUUACAAGUAAUGAUGAUCAUAAGAAUGAGAAUUUAGGAAGAUAUAUAAAUGAACAUAUACAUAUAGAAAGUGAUUAUUUUAAAUGGAUUAUGAAUAAUAAUUCUACAUCUAAAAUAGAAGAAUGUAAUAAUAAUAAGAAUCGAAUUAAAUAUAGAGAAACAAUACAAGAAAAGAAUAUAAAAAUAAAAUGUAAAAAUAUAUAUAUAGAGAAAAAAUUAAAAAAUCGAAAAUAUGAAUUUAAUGAAUUUUUGGAUAUAAAAUAUGAUAAAAAAAAAAAUAAUAUUUAUUUACAUCCUUUAUAUAUAGAUUUAUAUAUGAGAGAUAUAUUUGAGUUUUUAAAUUUAUUUGAUUUAAAAUUAUUAAAAAAUAUUCUAUUUAUAAAUAUACAAAUAUUAACAUUUAUAUAUGAAAUUAAAUAUGGUUACUGGGUAAGAAAUGGUCCUCAAAUGAUGUUCCAGGUUGCAGAAUAUGAUAAUUCUUUAUUUUUUCAAAAUGAUUUAAUAGGUAUUCAAUUUGCUAUAAUAAUGAUGAAUAUGUUACCUUUAUAUGAAAAUCAAACAGUUCAUUUAGAUGAUGACAUCUUAAAUUUAUUUCAUCAAAUAUGGAAUAUCAAUAUAGAAUACAAUGAACCAGUUAAAGAAUUACCAUGGUCAAACAAUAAGCAUAUCCAAAUAAAAUAUGAUCCAAUACAUAAAUGUGAUGAUGAUAUAUAUAUAAAUGAAAAGAUUUAUGAUAAUACUAAUGAAUAUGUAGAUACAUCCAAAAAAUUUAUAUAUAAUGAUAAUUUUCACAAUCAUUAUAAUACAUCACAACAGUUACAAGAUAAUAAACCUUAUUAUAUGAAUAAAAUAAGAUUUAUAAAAAAAAAUGAUGAAUUUUUUGAAGAACAUAUGAAAAUGUGUGAAAGUAUGCUUAUAUAUAAUAGAAACACAAAAUUACAUGAUAAUAUCUUACAAGGAAAUGAUAAAAAAAGGAAUUUAAAAGGAAACAAUAUGCAUCAAAAUGAUGGGGAUCAUAUCAAAUUACUUUUUGGAAUUGAUAAAAAUGGAAGUAAUAAUAAUGUGUCAGAUAAUAAGAUUGAAUUUAAAUCCACAUGUGAUAUUUUAAGUAAAUAUUCAUAUAAAGAAUUAAAAGAAUUAAAAGAAUUAGAGGAUGAAUCGAAAGGGUUGGAUUGUGAAGAGAAAUCAAACCCUUUGUUAAGAGGAGUUCAAGAGGUAUUAAGCUCGAAUAAUAAUAAUAAUAAUGAUCACAAUAAUGAUCACAAUAAUGAUAAUAAUAAUUAUGAUAUAUAUUGUAAUAUAUGUAAUGAAAAGAGUCAUUGUAAGGAAUCAUCUAUAAAUAAAGAAUCAACAAGAAAAAAAAAAAAUAAAAUAAAUUGGAAUGAAUAUUUAGAAGAAUUUAUGAAUUUAGAUAUAAGAAAUCCAUUUAUUCUUUUAUAUCAAUUAAUAUUUAAAAAUUUUCGUAUGGAUUUAAAAAUGAGAAAAAUAAAUGAUAUGUAUAUAGAUAUAGAAAUCCAUCAUAUAAAGAUUGGAUUUCAAACAUUUUAUGAUUUAUAUACAAAUAAAUCUAAUAUGGAUUCUAGAAAAAUUAGUGAUAUAUUUUAUUUUCAAUUUUUUUAUGAUAUAAUCAUACGUAUAUUUAACGAGUUAUAUUAUUUAGAAUAUAGUAAUAUACCAAGAAAAACAUCUUAUCAGAAAUAUAUAGAAAGAGGUAAAUAUCAUGUUAAGAAAAUAUUAAUACAAUUAUUAGCAUCAAAAGAUUUUCAUUAUUUUCAACUAGAAAAUGUAUUUCCUAAACAAUUCAAACACCAUCCAAGUUUUUAUGAACUUGUUAAUAAAUAUGGAUAUAAAACACAUAUGCCUAGAAGCAAUGUUAAUUUGAUAAAAUUAAAUAAAAAUUCCUGGUUUCUAUAUGAUGCUUUCUGGCCUCUUUCAGAAUUUAAAGAUUUUCAAACAGCCAAUGAAAAAUGCAUAAAAGAAGAAAAUUCUACUUAUAUUGGAUGUUCAAGAGAAGAAGAUAAAGAAUAUUUAUAUUUCUCAUUUAGAAAGAUACAAAAUUUGUUAUUCUAUACAUUUAAAAAUAGUUGUCUCGUUUCUAUACUUUUAAUUGUAUUUAUUAUUAAUGAAGAAUUCCAGAGAAAAAUCGAAAUAAAAAAAAAAGAAGAAUUGGAAAAAAAAGAAAUGAAAAAGGGUGAUCAGACAAAAAUGACUGCAGGAGAAGACUCGUCGAUUGAUCAGAGGUGUGAUGCUGCUAGUAAUAAUGCGUAUGAAAGAGUAGAGCAGAAUGAUGAGGAAGGAAGUGAAUCGAGUGGAGUGACACAGAAUGGUAUGAAUGAUAAUGAUAAUGAUGAUAAUAAUGAUGGUGAUAAUGAUGAUGAUAAUGAUGAUGAUAAUAAUGAUGAUAAUAAUAAUGGUGAUAAUACUAAUGGGGAUAAUACUAAUGGGGAUAAUACUAAUGGGGAUAAUACUAAUGGGGAUAACACCAAUGAUGAUAACACCAAUGAUGAUAAUACCAAUGAUGAUAACACCAAUGAUGAUAACACCAAUGAUGAUGAUGAUGAUAAUGCUUCACAUAUGAUAAAUAUCAUAAACAGUGAUGAUAACAAUUCAGUAAACAAUUCUAAUAAUACAAAUAGAAGCCGAAAUAAUAAUAAUACUUAUAUUAUUGUAGAUCAGAAUGGAGAUAAUGAAACAUUAUUUGCAGAGAUAUUAAUAAAUCGUAAUCCUAACAAUUCUAUAAAUAUGGAAAUAGUAAAUGUGACUGAUAAUCAUGUUGGUGAUGAAAAUAAUAAUAAUAAUAGAAAUUAUCGUCAUUUGAAUGCUGAUGGUUUAUCUGAAUUAAUUAGAAGUCUUAUAAGUGAAAAUAAUAUUAUCAAUAAUGUAAUUGAUGAAUCCUUUUUACAAAAUAAUAAUAUACAUGAAAAUUCUAUAAAUAAUGAUGAAAUAAGGAAUAGAGAUGGAGGAAUAAUUGAUGAUAAUAUAUCUUUUGAUAAUAAUUCUUCUAUUGAUGAAUUGAAUAUAUUAGAUUCUGAAAAUCCAAAUAAUGCUAUAUUUAAUGUAUAUAAUAGAAGAAAUGGAUUAUAUGAUUUUAUUUUUUCAUCAGAUACAAAUGAUUUUUUGAAUAAUCUGAAUACACAUAAUAUGAAUAACACAAUAGAUAUAUUAAUCAAAAUUAUAAAAAUUUUGAGUAUUGCCAUGGGUUCAGCUCAUCCCUUUACUGAGAUAAAUAGUUUUUAUUAUUUUAAUGGGGAAAAUUUUUAUGGAACAGAUGAUUAUGAUGAAGAAAGUGAAGAAAGUGAAGAAAAUAAAGAAAGUGAAAACAGUGAAGAUAUUGAAACAAUCCAAUUUUAUGGUGAAAACAAAUUUUGUGAUGAUAAUGAUAGUCUAUCCUCCAUAUCAUCAAAUUCUUAUGAUGAAUUAAUAGAUUAUUUAGAAGAGGCAUACAUGUUUAAAAAUUAUUCAAAUGAUGAAACACCUGACAAAAAUGUCAAUGUUCAUAAUAUUAGGGAGUGUGUUAAUGAAGACAGUAUGACAUAUUAUAAAGAUGGAUCGAAUGAAAAAAAAGAUAUAGUUGAAAUAGAAAAUGAGAAAGAGAGAUAUUUAAAUAUAAAUGAUAGUUCUAUGAAUGAAAAUUAUGAUAGUUAUGAUUGUGUUACACAGUUGAAAGAUGAAAAUAAAAAGUUAAGAAAUGACAUCAACCAUAAAAAUAAUGACAUAAAUAAUAAUAAUAGUAUUAUUAGUAGUAGUAGUAUUUGUUGUAAUAAUAAUAAUUAUUAUUAUAAUAAUCUUAACUAUGAUGAUGACAAAAAACCAUAUGAAGAAAAAGAAAAUAACAAGAAAUUGGACGAAUAUAAUAAUAAUGAAAAUUUAAUUUUUGAUUCUAUUAAUGUAUUAAGAAAAAAUCAUUUAAAGAGAUUGAAAAAUUAUGUCUAUAAGAAUAAAAAGUGUUACACAUAUUAUGAUAAUAAUAAUAAUAAUAAUAAUAAUAAAAAUGAGAAGGAAAAAAAUACAAAUAAUGACAAAAAUGAUAAAAAUGAAAAAAAUGAGAAAAAUGAAAAAAAUGACAAAAAUGACAAAAAUGAAAAAAAUGACAAAAAUGAGAAAAAUUAUGAAAAGAAGGAAAAAGAAUUUUAUGCGAUAAGUAAAAAUUUUGUUCAUAAUUUUAUAAAAUGUAUUAAUAAUAUAAAUGUAAAUGAAGAUAAGUGUCUUAUAAAAGUAAGAGGUACGAUUUUGAGUAGAUUAAAAGUAAUAUAUUCUGGAAAUUAUGAUUGUAAAAAUAAUAAUGAUAAUAAUGAAUUUAUAGAAUUAGCAAAGAAAAAACAAGAAGAUCUAUUACAAAGUAUGAAAGAGCAACAAUCAAAAUUUAGUAAUUUUUUAGAUGAAGAAUAUUCAUCUGAAGAUGAUGAUGUAUCAAGAAAGGGUGGACUUGAACAUUUUGAAUAUAUAGAUUUUGUGGAUGAUACUGAUAGUGAUAGUAAUAGUAAUAGUGACAGUAAUGAUAAUAUUAAUGAUAAUAAUAAUAUUAAUGAUAAUAGUAAUGAUAAUAAUAGAGACCUUUCAAAUAUUAUAAAAAGAAAUAAACAAAAGGAAGAAUUAUCUUCAGAUAGUGAUAAGUUAAAAAAAAAAAAAAAAAAAAAAUUCAAAGGCAUAACCAUUUGUGAAUAUGAAAAAAUAAAAGAAAAAAAUUGUAUAUGUGUUCUAUGUAAAGAAGGGAUGUCUAAAAAUAAUUUAUUAGCAUAUAUAUGUUUUUCAUCACAUACAAAUUUAUUAAAAAAAAUUAUAAAAAAAAAUAAAUUUGCAUUUCCAUGUAAACAUCCAUCUAUAUAUACAUGUGGUCAUUUCAUACAUACAAAAUGUUUACAUAAUACAAGGAUAUUAAAAUAUAGAAAAUUAUUUAGUGUAAAGAAUGAACCAACUUUAUAUGAAUUCACAUGUCCUUUAUGUCGUUCUAUAGCUAAUAGUUUUGUAGUUUAUAUACCAAAAAGAUUUAUAUCUGAAAAUGAUAAAUAUAGAGUAUAUGAUUGUAAUGAGCAAGAAUUUUUUUUAGAUAACUCAAAUAAAAAUUUAUCAGAACUUUUGAACAUUUCUAAAUAUUCAGAAGAAAGGAAUUAUCGAAUCAAAAGGAACAAAGAAAGGCAACAACAAAAAAAAAAAAAAAGUAAAAUGAUAAUGAUGAAAGAAAUGAAGCGACAACAAAAUGGGGGAGACACAAUAAAAAUAAGUGAGAUACAAAAUAAUAUUCAGGUAGAUACAAUAAAACCAAGUGAGAUACAAAAUAAUAUUCAGGUAGAUACAAUAAAAUCAAGUGAGAUACAAAAUAAUAUUCAGGUAGAUACAAUAAAACCAAGUGAGAUACAAAAUAAUAUUGAGGUAGAUACAUUUAUACAUAAUAAUAAAUAUAACAAUAUAUAUAAUGAAAAAUUCCAGUGUGAUAACAAUAUGGAGCAAGAUACAGAGUUAUUAAAAUAUGUAAAAAAUAUAAAAGAUACUACGAAUAUAUCUAACAAAAAAAUAGAUAAUAUGUUUAGAAUACAAAAUGAAAAUUGUGAUAUUCAUAUGAAUAUGGAAUGUGAAGAUAUAUAUGAAGGAGAUGAAUUUUUAUUAAUGAAUAAAAACAUGGAAUCUUAUAAUUAUUUGAAUUACGAUAUAACAAACGAUACAUUAGAAAUGGAUAAUAUUAGAGCAGGUGAGAAGGAUAUAUUAGUUGAUCCGAAUUUUUUGAAAGACGAUAAUAAAAUUUAUAAAUAUCCAGUAAUAUUAAAUGAUUAUAUAAUACCUAGAUAUUUUAAUAUAACAAAUAAUGAUUCUAUUUGGAACAAUUGUGAAAAUAAAAAUAAAAAAAAAAAUAAUUUUUUGAAUCAAAAUGGUGAAGAUGAAAGUGGUGAUAACAAUAACAAUAUUUAUAAUAACAUCAAUAUUGAUGAUAACAUCAAUAUUUAUAAUAACAUCAAUAUUGAUGAUAACAUCAAUAUUGAUGAUAACAACAACAUUGACAAUUAUGAUGAUAGUUCUGAAGAAAGUUGUUCCACUUUAUCGUCGUGUUCAUCAAAAAAUAGAUCAGAUGGUAAUUAUUAUAAUGAUAGUGAUAUAGCUGAAGAAUUUCAUUUUAAAUAUAACCAUGAAAAGAAUAAAAAUAUCAAUAGGACGACAAUCCAAAAAAAUAAGAAAAGAAAUUUAAAUGAAAAUCAUAAAGACCAUUUUUAUGUGAACAAUAGUAAUAAUAGUAAUAAUGUGAUAAAUACUUAUAAUUUUUUUGAUGAAAAUAAGAAGAAUGCAAUCUUUAAUUUAAAUUUUUCGAAUCUUAUAGAAAAUGAUUCCUUAAUAAAUGAUAUGUUAUCAUAUGAAAGUUAUGAAAAAAAUAAAAAGAUUAUUUUAAGAAAUAUUUAUUUAAAUGAAAAUAAUAUGUAUGAUGAAUUAUUUGAAAGAAAUAAAAGUGAAAAUGAUAUUGGAAUAUAUAAUAACAUUAUAAAUGAUAAAGAUGAUAUAAAUAUUAUGUAUACAAAUAUGAAUAAGGAAAAAGAAACAACCACAACAACAACAAUAACAACAACAAUAACAAAAAAUAAUAAUAAUAAUAAAAUAAGAAGAAGAAAAAAAGGAAGAGGUACUGAAAUAUAUUUUUAUAAAAAUACAUCUAAUUAUGUAAAUAAAGAUUAUACAUUUACAUAUAGAAAUUCAAAUUAUUAUUAUCGUUCAAAAAAUGGGUUCUUGUCUUAUUAUGUUAGUUUACCUUUAUCAUUUAUUAAAGAAAUACAAUAUUUUAUGAUAAAAAAUAAAUUUUUUAAUUAUCCUGGAAAUAAUAAAUAUAAUAAAUUUUAUAUAACAGCAGAUGUAGAUAAAGAGCAAAUCAAAAAAGAAGAAAUGAAAAUGAAAAUGGAAAUGAAUAUAAAUAUGAAUGUCGAUAUGAAAAUGGAUACAUCUAUGUUUUAUAAUAUUGAAGAUAAAAAUGGAAUGAAUGAAGAAGAAUAUGAUACUAUCUUACAUUAUGAAAUGACUAAUCAUGUAUUGACAUAUAUAAAAUCAAAUUUUAAUUAUGAAAGAAUAAAUGCAGAUGAAAUUGUUGAAAAAUAUGAAGUCUCUGAUUACAACAGUAGUAGUAAUGUUAAUGGUGGUGAUCAAUCAUAUAAUGAAGAAAAGCAAGAUUAUUUAAUAUCAAGACAGAAAAUAAAAGAGUGUUCAGAUGAAAAUGAAAUCGAGCAGAAAGAAAAGCGAUUGAAAUUAAGACACGAGGAAAAUAAUAAUAAUAAUAAUAUUAAUAAUAAUAAUAAUAAUAACAAUAAUAAAGAUAUAAUAAAAUUUAAAUAUCCUUGUAAUGUGGAAGAUAUAAAAGAUCAUAAUAUAUCAAUGAAGACAUGUUUAUCUGUAGAUAUAUAUGAAGGUAUUGUAAGUACAAAUAAAAAUAUAUAUGAAAUAUAUAAUGGAUUAAAUAGAAAACAAUAUUUUUAUUGUGUAUGUGAUAUAAAAUCUUUAAGACAAUCAAUUAUUUUAUUAGAUGGUAUAUCUGAAAUUUCUUGGAGAAUAUUACAUCAAGAACAUACUACAUUUUCAUCUAUAUUACAUCAUUCAGAAAAUUAUAAAAAAUUAAUUGAUUUUGAUUAUAAUACAAAGAUAGAUGAUAAUGAUGAAGAUAUAGAUAUAAAAGGUAUUGGUGUUAAUGAUUUAUUAAAAAUAUAUCGACGAUUAGAAAUAUAUCCAGAUUUUAUGUUCAACAAUUGCAAUGUAGGUUUUAUUAAUAAACAUGAUUUAAAAUUUAUUACUAAAAAAGAUCUUCUUUUAAUGAAUAAAAAAGAAUAUGAGAGAAAUAAAAAAGAAAGACUUGAAAAAUUGGAAAGGAGAAAAAAAAAUAAAAAUCUUAAUAAUAUAUAUUCACAGAAUAAUAAUAAUAAUAAUAGUAAUAAUAAUAAUAAUAAUAAUAAUGUGGAUGACAACAACAACAACAACAACAAUAAUAAUAAUAAUAAUGAUAUACUUAAUGAUAAUAAUAAUUCCUUUAAUAGCAUCAGUGAGAAAAAAGUAUCUUAUAAAAAGAAAAAGAAUAGAAUAAAUCCAAGCGAUGUUUUAAACAUAAAAUACUGGAGAAAUAUUAAUACGGCUAUCGAUUUUUUUAAAAUAUAUUGGAUUUUAUAUAAUGAGAUAUUAAUAAAUAUUUUUUAUAAAAAUAUAAAUUAUGUAUCUUGUAAUAAUAUGAUAGAAAUUUUAGUACGUAAUUUAUAUUUAUAUAAAUAUGAAUUAAAUAUUUUAAAAGAAGAUAAUAUUUCUAAUCUUUUUAAUAUUCAGACUUGGAAAAAUAUGUAUAAGAUAUGUUUUUUUUAUGUCUAUCCAUAUAGAUUUACAUUUAAUAAAUAUAAAAAAUUUUUUGAUAAAAUCAAGAAAAUACAUUUUUUAAAUAAUUUAUCUUUUAUUCCUUUAUCAGUAGAUGUAUUAAAAUUAUUUAUGAAUUUUUUUUUAAAUCAGUAUUUAUAUACUCCAUCCUUAAUUAAACAUUUUAUUUCUAUAUCAUUAUUGAUAAUAUCUUUUCAGAUUAUGAAUGAAAUAUUUAUAAAAGAGAUAUCCAAGACAUAUGUGCGAUUCAUAUUUAAUAUCAUAAAAAAUUAUAAACAGACCAAGAAAUAUAUCGAUCGAAUAUCUAAACAUAUAUAUUAUCAAAAAAUUUAUAGAAAUUAUAUUAUUAACUUAGAUGAAUAUGUAGAAUAUAUUGAAAGGGUCAAUACAUUUGAUUACUCAGAAGGAACACAAAAAAAAAGAAAACAAAAAGAAACAUCGAUUUAUUAUAAUAAUGAAGAGGAAACACAAUCUUUAAAUGCUUAUGAUAAAUUUCAUAUUUAUAUAUUCGAAAGAUAUAUAAAAAAUUCAAUAGUUGGAGUUGAAAAUAUAACUUUAAAAUAUGUGAAUGGUCAAUAUAAAUUAUAUGAUAAUAAUCAAGAGGUAAUACGUAUGAGUGAUUUGAAUCAGUUUAAAAAUAUAAAAAAUAUGUAUUCAAAGAAAGCAAUGUAUAUUAUAAAAAGGAAGAAUAUAACACGUGAUGGUAAUAAUAAUAUAACACGUGAUGGUAAUAAUAUAACAUGUGAUGGUAAUAAUAUAACACGUGAUGGUAAUAAUAAUAUAACACGUGAUGGUAAUAAUAAUAUAACAGUUGAUGAUAAUAAUAUAACAUGUGAUGAUAAUAAUAUAACAUGUGAUGGUAAUAAUAAUAUAACAGUUGAUGAUAAUAAUAUAACAUGUGAUGAUAAUAAUAUAACAGUUGAUGAUAAUUAUUGGAAGUGCCAGAAUUUAUCAUCUUAUAAUGCUCUAAUGAAAUCCUUUUUAGAUAAAAAAAAUUUCUUCUUUAUUAUAGAUAUUGUGAACUUAUUUAAAAAUAUUCAAACACUGUCAUAUUUAUUUGAUGAAGAAACAAUAAGCUAUAUACAUUUAAUUAUUAUGAAUAGUAAAAUAUUAUCAUAUGAUUUAAAAGAAAUAAGAAGAAAAGAAAACAUUCAAAAAAAAAUGUAUCCAGAAUUUACAUCAUAUAUUACAAAAAAAAAGAAUGAAAAUAAAGUAAAUUUUUAUAAAUAUGAUUUACUAUAUAAUGAAAAGAAAUGGAUAUUAUAUCUUAUAUAUAAAACAAUGUUAAAAUAUUAUGAUAUGAUUAUAUUUAAGAAGAAUGUUCAAAAACUUAUGCUUUUAAUGUGUGAAAUUAAUGAUGAAUAUAUAAAAUAUAUUUAUUUCAAUGGUUAUAUUCCUAUAAAUAUUUAUCUAAGUACAAACUUAUUAAGAUAUAAUGAAUUCUUUACAAAUUAUUAUUCAUAUAUAUAUAACAAAAAAGUUAAUAAUAAGUGGGGUGAUUUCCAUGUCUUAUAUUUUCAAAAUGAAGAAAAUCAUAUCAAAAAAGGAAACAAAAAAAAGUAUUCUUCUCUUUUUAAAAAUAAACAUGUUUUAAAAAGAGAUUAUAAUCAUAUUGUAAGUAAUAAUAAUGCACAAUCUAAUAAUAUAAUAAAUGAUCCUAUAAUAUCUGAUGAAUGUAUGACUUCAAAUAUGUCUUAUCAUAUAAAUUCAAAUGUAUUAUCAUCAGAUAAUUAUAUGCGUGAAGAGCAAAAUAAUACUCUCUCAAGUAAUCUUCAUCAUGCAGAUAAUCUAAUAAUAAAUAACAGCAAUGGAAGUGAUAAAGAUAUAGAUACAAAGAAUUAUAACAAUAAUAUUAAUAAUAUUAAUAAUAUUAAUAAUAAUGAUAAAGAAUUUUGCACAGAAUUAAAUUUAUUUAAAUAUAAAUUAUAUAAUAUAUCAAGUGAAGAAAUUAGUAAUUUAUAUUUAAUAGAAGAUUUUAAUAAUGAAAACGAAUUAUUUCAAUCUCUUACUAAGAAUGAAGAUUUUGAAUAUAGAAAUGUAAAUAUUUUAAAUAUAUUAAAAUAUAAAUUUGAGCUUGUUCCGUAUAUUAAUCAUUUAUAUUAUCUUUAUAAUUUCUAUCCAUUAUUAUUUAAAUUAAAAGAAAUUAAAAAUAUACAUGAUAUGAAAGAAAAAAAAAAUAAUGUAUGUACCGAUGAGUUUUUAUUAUCAAUAGUAGAUAAUGAUAUUUAUGAAUCUUAUGAUAAUAUAAAUUUUUCUGAUGCUAGUUUUUAUAGUGAUCAAACUAUUAAUGUUUCUCAAAAGGAUUAUGAACAUGAAAUUUAUAAAAGCCAUACAUAUGAAUAUGAUAGUUGUCAACCUCUAAACGUAUCGCAUAGAUCUUAUCCAUAUAAACAAGAAAAUGUUGAAGAAGAAGAUACUUGGAAAAUUAAUUCUUCAUUAAAUAUAUUCGAAAAUAUUGUAGAUCUUGAUGAACUCAUAAAAGAUUUGAAAAAAACAAAAAAAAACAAAAAAAAAGCUAUCAAAAAUAAAUAUGCUGAUAAAUUAUUUAUCUCAUUUUUUAAUAAAGCAUUAAAAAUAGAAGAACAUAAAGGAAACAAAAAUUAUUUAAAUUGUGAGAAAUUAAAGAAUAUAUUUUUAUUAGACCAAACAAAUGAUAAUAUAAAUGAUAUUAUAAGUGAUAAUAUAAAUGACAAUAUAAAUGAUAAUAUAAAUGAUAAUAUAAAUGAUAAUACAAAUGAUAAUACAAAUGAUAAUACAAAUGAUAAUAUUUAUAGUUAUGAUAACUCAGCUUCUCAUAUAUUUAUAGAUCCACAUAAUUUAACACAUAUAAAUAUAUCACAAGAAUUAAAUAAUAAUAUAAAUAACAAUAGUAUAAAUAAUGAAAAAAAUAAAGAAUUUUCAUCAUAUGAUCAGAAUAAUAUUGAAAAUGAAAAUAUACAAAAUAGUUCAUCUGAUAAUUCAUAUGAUGAUUAUUCGAAUUUUAUAUCAUAUCAUGAUAGCAUAGAUUCUUCAAGUAGUACAGAUAAAUAUAAUAAAAGAAAAAUGACACCUAUGGAAACCAUGUUUUUAAAAUAUACUUUAAAUACAUCAGAAGAUGCUAUAUCAAAUAAAUAUAAUGGAAGUAAUAAAAAUAAGAAUAAAAAUAAAAAUAAAAAAGAAUAUUUAAGUUUUCUUAAAUAUAAAGAUGCAAAUAAAAUUCAACGUUAUCAUAUGUUAUUAAGAAAAAAUAAACUUGGAAGAAAAUUUUUUUAUAAUUUAAGAAAAAUGUAUACUUAUGUAUAUAAUCUAUAUGAUUUCAUACCUCUUUAUCUGAUACAAAAUAUAUUAAUAUAUUAUCAAGAUAUAUAUCAAAAUGUGAAUCAAUAUUAUUAUUAUGAUCAUAAAGAACAGCCAACCUUUUUUACUCAAUCAAAUCUAGAUGAUGAAUAUGAACAUACAAACUUUUCUAAAGAUUUUUUUAAUACGAAUAAAUGGAAAAAAAUGUAUUCCAAAUAUGAGCAUAAACUAAAUAAUGAAACAUAUCCUGAAUCAAAAAAAGAAAAUCUAUCAUAUAAUAAAGUAACACAUAAAGACAACACUUUUUUAAGGUAUCAACAGAAACAAAAUGAUCAUAUGACGAAUAAUUAUAAUAUUCAUAAUAAUCAUAUCGAACAAAAAAAUAAAAUCAAUUCAAACAUUUUUAAUGUUCAUGAUAAUAAUUCCUACUCUCAAUUAUCAUCAAAUAAUUUUGUAAAUAUUAAUAGUACUUUAAUCAAUGAUCCUAUGAAUAUAACUCAACAACAGAUGGAGAACAUUCCACAAAUGUCUGAAUGUAAUUUAAAUCCUGAACAAAUGAAAAAUGAAAGAAUGGAAUUCUCUGUAAAUAAAAAAAUCAAAACAAAUCAUAACAACACAACUGAUACCAAAAAAAAUAAUGAUAGAUACAAUCAUUCUAGUAGUCCGAACUUUUUUGAAAAAAAUGAAGAUGAUAAGACAUCAUCAUAUGACGAUUAUAUAAAAAAACAUUUUUCUUCAACAAGUAGAAAAGAAAGAAAUAAUAAUAUCAAUAUGAAAGGUUUCUUUUCAAAUGGACGUUAUGAUAAAUUAUUAAGUAUAAAGAAAAUAUUUAUGAUAUUCUAUAAUUAUUUGAGGAAAUGUCAUUUUAUAGAUAAAAAAAAUUCUUGUAAAAAUUUAUAUAAAUCAUUUUUAAAAAAAUAUUUAAAAUCAGCUAAUGUAUAUUUACAAUUUGUAGCUUAUAUUAUAUUCUCUAUAUAUGAUUUUAAUUCAUUAGCAAAAAAAUAUUUAGAUUAUAUACACUUAUACAGUGAUAUUAGUAAAUAUAAUAUAUUCCUUCAUAUAUUAAAUAUUGAUGAAGACUAUGAUAAAGUAUAUAUAUAUCAAGUAUUACAAUUAAUAUAUCAUCCAUAUUUCUAUCUAAUGUAUAAAUUAUAUAAAUAUCUAAAAAUAGAUGCCUCACCAGUAUUAUUACAUGACUUUUAUGAAAACACAGAAGAAUUUACAAAAUCACCAUCCUUAUUUCAACCCAGCAAAAAUUAUUUCACUCUAAUUAAAAAACAUUUUAAAAGAAAAUGUGUAAAUUGUAAUAAACCUCCAAAAAGAAUACUUAUCUGUCUUUAUUGUGGUUCAACUGUAUGUCUGCAUGAAGGUGACCAUCUGACAGGACCCCUAUCACAAACUAUAAGUAAAUGUGUAUACCAUACGACUAUAUGUGGAGGAGAGCAAUGUUUAUAUUUAUGUUUAAAUACAUCAUCGGUAUUGUUUACUAGUGAAAACAGAUUCGAUUUUAUGUGUGGACCUUAUGUCGACAAAAAUGGAGAUGUGGACUAUCAUUUAAAGAGGGGAAAAAAUUUAUACCUUUCUUCUUAUAAGUUGAACAAACUUUUUGACAUUAUUAUUAAUUCAGCAGUUGAUGUUGAAAUAUAUAAGCAUACGUUGAAAUCAGAAUAA